UAUGAUUCGAAGAAAAUUAUCUUAGGCAAAGAGUUUUGGCAAAAGGCCUCUGAUAUAAUUAAAGUGCAAGAACCCUUGGUGAAAGUUCUUAAAUUGGUUGAUGGUGAUGAAAAACCAACCAUGGGCUUCAUAUACGAGGCAAUUGAUAGGGCGAAGUUGGCCAUUCAAAAAGAUUGCCGGUUUUACAAAGACUAUUGGAAAAUUAUUGACAACCGGUGGAGUUUUCAGUUGCACCAAGAUUUGCACGCUGCUGGGUAUUUUUUGAACCCACAAUUUCUUUAUGGUGCCCCACCCUCUCCUGAAGUUGCUAGAGAAGUCAUGGAUGGAGUUAAAAAAGUGAUAACCAAGUUGGUACCCGAUAUAGAUACUCAAAUUCGGGCUAUUAAUCAAUUGUUGCUAUAUCGAGAUAGGCAAGAGACUUUUGGAACCCCGUUGGCUCAAAGGGCAGUAAAACAAACAAAUCCUGCUGAAUGGUGGAUUCAUUAUGGCUUGUGUGCUCCUGAGCUCCAAAGAAUAGCAAUUAGAGUUCUUAGCCAGACCACAUCAGCUUCGAACUGUGAGCGUAAUUGGAGCACCUUUAGCCUCAUCCAUACGAAAACAAGAAAUAGAUUAAAGUACAUGAGACUACAAAAACUUGUUUUCGUACAUUACAACAUGAGGUUAAAGUUAAGACGUACAAUGAGAAGAAGCCAACGAGAAAUUGAAGAGGGUUUCAAUCCUAUCAAUUUGGAUUACAUUUUCGAAGAAGAUGAUCCUUUAAGUCAAUGGUUAGAGGAGAGAGAGACACCACUACUCGACGGUCAGGACAAUUCAAAUUGGUUAAAUGAAGAGGUUGGUGGUACUACAGAAGGAGGUGAUCAACCACCAAUAAACGCGCAUGAUGAUUCAAGUUCAAGUCCUGAACGCACACAAAGUGAUGACAAUCUUGGUUUGAGCCCACCAAGUGAUGAUGAUGGUAAUAGUGGUGCUGGAGCUGGGGUUAGGGGGGGUGGCAGUGGUGGUGGUGGAGGCGGCGGUGUAGAAUAUAAUUAUGGAUAUGAUACAGGGACAUCAUUUGGAAGGGAUAUAUAUCCUUCUGAUCCUUAUGGACUACAUGACAUACCUGAAAAUUAUGACUUGGGUAUUCCUCCAGGGAACCAAUCUUCACAACCCAGGAGAAGGAGUGCUCGUGGUGACCCUAGCGAUUCUACUGAAGAUUCAUAUGGUGUGGUUCGUAGUUUUGGCGACUUUGGUUUAGAUGGUUCAUCAUCACAAUCAUAUGGAUCUCAUCCAGCAUAUCCACAUUAUGCAUCUCGUGACUCACAUUUUUAUCCCAGUGGAUCAGGAAUCUCAGGAUCUAGUGAGUCUUCUUCUACACACUACCCAGAGCCAGCCCCUGCCCCAACUUAUAGACAUUAUUCAGGAGAAUUUUCAUCACCAGUACAUUUUCAAGAGCAACAACAAAAUGACGCAAACUUGGGUUCAUUUAACUAUGUAUUUCCACAAGGAUGGGGAGAUAAUUUCCCAUCCCAAUCUCAAGAUACAGAUGCAAAUUAUGAAGACCCUCCACGUCAUUCUUUUUGGUGGUGACAUGAGUUAUGUUAUAAAUUUGUAAUAUUGUAUUCAUGUAUUUUCAACUAUUUAUUGAUAUUUGAUAUUAAUCACUUUUUAAAUUCAUGUAUAUGUAAUCACUGUAAUGUGUAUAUUGAGUAUUAAGUCUAUUGAGUAUUGAUUCAUUUUUAGUAA